UCCGCCCCCGGCCUCCAUUUCUGAAAAUAGGCGACGACGCCGCCGCCUAUGUCGUGUCUUCGCCUUCCUUUUUAAACUGAGUUAAAUAAUUGAACAAUACUCUCAGGGCUGUGACUCAAAUGUCAAUUUAACAUUUCACGCUAUUCCAAAAGUGGCUAUAUCUUAGCUAGUAUUUUAUUUCCUGUUUUAACUUUAGCAAACGGCGUUCUCCGCCGCACCCCCCUCUUGAACGUCCCACUCACUCCCCCUUGUGUGAGUAGGGGCCUGCUACCUUACGUUGGCCACGAGGUACGUUGUUUCACUCGGAACAGGACGAUGGCGGAAUUCGGCAAUGGACUAGCGGAAGAAUCUCUAUUGGAUUCUGACCCCGGACACCCAGAGCUGGAAGAUACGGUUGUCGGUGACGAGGAACCGGGGUUAGAAGAGGGGGAAUCUGCAAUUGAAGACCCGGAGCUGGAGGCAAUCAAAGCCCGGGUGAGGGAGAUGGAGGAAGAGGCAGAGAAGCUGAAGGAGCUGCAGAACGAGGUGGAGAAACAAAUGAAUCUCAGUCCCCCACCAGUGGGCCCAGUCAUCAUGUCUUUUGAAGAAAAGAUGGAAGCAGAUGGCAGAUCUAUAUAUGUUGGAAAUGUGGACUAUGGCGCUACUGCAGAAGAGCUUGAGGCUCACUUCCACGGCUGUGGUUCAGUAAACAGAGUCACCAUCCUGUGUGACAAAUACACAGGGCAUCCCAAAGGGUUUGCCUACAUCGAAUUUGCAGACAAAGAGUCUGUAAGGACAGCCAUGGCUUUGGACGAGUCACUUUUUAGAGGAAGGCAGAUAAAGGUUGGCGCAAAGAGAACAAACCGACCAGGCAUCAGCACCACAGAUCGCGGUUUUUCCAGAGCCCGAUUUCGAUCAAGGGGAGGAGGAAACUUCUCGUCGCGUGGUCGCUACUACAGUGGCUACACACCACCUAGAGGCAGAGGACGGGCCUUCAGGGGCCGAGGGCGAACAUCGUGGUAUUCCCCUUACUAAACACCCACCACAUAACCCUCCCCCAACCUUUUUACUAUCAACCCUCUCCCUUCUCUGUCUCCGUUUAAAACACACCAUGAAAAAAAGAGAAAAAAAAGCCCUCCCCUUCCCCAACAAAAAAAGAAGAGUCCCAGAAGAGAGAAACAAAAAAAAAAGAGAAAAGAUUGUGGACAGAGAGACUGGCUGGCUGUCUGCAGUGUGCUUUUUGUAUGUGAGCAUGUGUGUAGCAGGUUGGUGCGGCCAUCACUUGGUAAGAUCUUUGUUGGCCUUCCUUUUCUUCUUUGUUUGCUUGAGUUGGUGGUGGGAGAAAGAUGAGGAUGGUAUCUCAGGCUGCAGAUGUGUCUCCUUUGGUCUGGCUGUGACAUCCUGCUUCCAUCACAGACCACCCACUCAUUCUCCACCAGGGGGGGGAAAAAAGUGAAGGGGUGGGGGCAUGAUUUUUUUUUUUAAAGUUUUGUGUUGAGCUAUGAAAGAAGGCAAUCAACAGAUUUAAGUUACUUCGUCUUCCAUACCCUUCAUCUUCUCUCCUCAUCUGCUCAAUGUUUGUGAUCACUUUUUUGGAACAAAUGGUUUCUAGAUAUAUAUUUUUUUUAAUUUUAAAGGUGGGGUGACAUACUUUCACUUUGCCCCCUUUUUAAAACUC